UAGGUCAAACUACUGAGGGAGUGUCCGGAUGUGACCUCAGAAUUGUCCACACCAAAUGUAAUUUCCGUGGGGUUUUAAAUGCUGCUGUGAAGCUGCAUCGAAUUUCCUAUGUUUAAAAUUUUCGUACAGAUCUCUACAAGCUCUAUGCUUCUGAUUACCUUUUGGAAAAUUCUAUUCCGGUCAAACCACGAGCGCCCUACAAAAGAAAUUCAUAUGAUUGGCUGUAAAAAAAAAAAUAAUGACAGAUGAGGCAAAUCGUCCAAUCGGAGCCUGUUGCUAUAGAAUUUGGAGGCGAGCUCAUGGUCAUUAUACAAAUAAACACUGUCUCCUCGUUGCGCUUUUUGUCGUCUCCGGUUUAAGAUUGUAGGGGAAAGUUGAGACACGGUAUUAUGAGUAUGUCGUGUAAAAGUGCUUCGCUUCGCUCUGUGUGUCUUGCGCUCAAGUGCCUCGCUGGUGAGAUGAGUCCUAUCAGGAAGUUAGCAGAAGCCGGGGGUAGUGUGUGUUAGCUAGUUAGGAAACAUUUUCGCCGGUCUGGGCUGUUCCCUUUGUCUGAGAAGAGAGGCAACGCGUGUUCUUUUGUUUGGGCAGCCUUUCUUCAACUCUUUGUUUGAAGAGUAGUUUUAGGUGGAGGCUUUGGGAAGACGAAUCGAUUAGAAACAUGCAGCACAUAAAGAAAUGUUUUAUGGACGGUCUGAUUCAGCUUGCGAUCCUUCUUAGUUUCAUAGGCGUUCGGGUGAACAUUGAUUCCUAUUUGAACAACCCAUUCAACUCGCCAUUAAUAGAGAUCGACGGAGGGCCGAGUUCGGCUUUCGUACAAACCCCGUUUCACCAUUACCGGGACAUCGCGGCCGGACAUCACGUGCACCCCAAAUGCCCCGAAUUGGAAGAUUACUUUACGAGUCGGAGGCUGCUCGAUGAAGUGCGCACUCUCGGCUCACCGGUUCGUUUCCACACUCGACUCAGUGCAUGGCUCGUGCACCCGGUGCCUAACGGCGCGGAACCGGAGGAAGCUCAGGACAAUAACGCGUAUGCGGGCGAUGAAGACUCGAGUGAUGAAACCCGUGGGAAUGAAUCCGACAACCAUCCCGAGGCAAUUUUAACACAAGCAGAAGAGGAAAUUGUGAAAGACGAUGAGGAAGGAAUCAAUCUUGAUUCACCAACCCAACUCGCUCAAAGCUCAGCACUGGAACAAGAGGUUCUGUUAAGUAGCAGUGUUCUACUUCCCCCUCAUUCUGGUGUUGAAGUCCACUCUCAAUGGGCAGACUUCCUGUCAGAUUUCAAUGAUUUUGAGACUUUGAUUGCACAGCAUGUGCCUGACAUGGACCCUAUCAGCUACAAUGCCAGCCUUCAAGAUGCCAUGGCUAGCAGUGGUGGGGAUUACAGACCAGACCCACCUAGAGGUGGAACACACGCCAUACCACACCAAACACCUUCUCUCUUCAACCUAGAGUCUAUUAACGCAUCCAACAGACACACACCUAGAACAACUUUUGGUGCUCUGGCUUUCCCUCCUUUCUCCUCAUUAGGGAACAGCUCUCUUGGAACCUCCCAAUCCAGGGUGGGUGGUUAUUUGGAUGAGGCUGUGUUUGAGCAGAUAAAUUCGUUUGGUCUGGAGGGCCUGGUUAGUGUGGAUGGAAUGGAUGGCAGCUUGGAUGCUCCCUGGAUAGAGGACUUGGACUCUGACUCUGGCCUGUCACUGGAGACCAAUUCCAGAAGCCCUGCCUCAGCCUCUACAUCAUCUUCAGAUUCAUUUUGCGAAGGAGGAGCAAUGGGCUGCAGCAGUGAAGUAGAGUCCUUUUCAAGUAAUACUGGAGCAUGUGCAUCAUGGUACGAUUGGCCACAAGUAAGCCUUACCAAGAACAUCUGGCAUGACCACAACUAUUCGGCGUGGUCACCAGAAGACCAUGACCCACAAAGCUGGACCCAAUCUCCUAAAGCUAUAAAACAGGAAGUAAAGAGUGAGGAUGAAACUGGACUGGAAGAGCCAAGCCGGGAUGAACAGCGUCUGCAGGCUCUGGGUCUUCCAUUUUCCGCCCCUGAAAUUGUUAACAUGCCAGUAGAAGACUUCCUGGAGCUGCUGGAAGGGCGGAGCCUAUCCACAUCAGAGGUAAUGCUCUUACGGGACGUGCGCAGACGUGGAAAAAACAAAUUAGCUGCACAAAACUGCAGAAGAAGGAAGCUGCAUGCCAUCUUGGGCCUGCAGGCUGAGGUGGAGGGACUUGUUGCUCAGCGUGAUGCCCUUCUGCGUGAGAGAACAUGCACCACCAAGGCUCUGUCAGCUACAGCGGAGUGUUUCAAGACACUCUCUCAUGUUGUGCUGAGGCAGCUGAGGGAUGAACAUGGACAGUCUCUCAGCCCAGAGCAAUACACACUCUACUGUGGCACAAAUGGACGUGUAGUGGUCCGACCUCGAACAAACGCUGUGAGAAUGACCACAACAAGGGCCAAAACAACCAAGAAGAAGAAGGAUAAAAAACCUUGAGACCAUUUUGAUUUCCAUUUUGUGUGUGUGUGUGUGUGUGUGUGUGUGUGUGUGUGUGUGUCGUAAAGGGCUACUUGUUAUAGAACUACUGAACUUUCCCCUUUUAAAUAUUUAAACAAGAAGUGAUGUUAAAAUUACAAUAUAAUGGACUAAAGAUUCUUUACUAAAAGGUGUGUAGCAAAAGCACUGAACAUGUACAGAAGUAUUUUAAAAGAAAAGGACACACAGCAGGGUUCCCCAGUCCCAGGCCUGGAAAGUCUAGCACUGUUGGUAAUCAUUAAAACAUAAAUGACACUCACUAUCAUAAAUAGACAGGACACUACUGGACAUAUGAGGGUGUUAAAGCAGGUCAUUCUAUGUCAAAGGGUGUUUAAUUAUUAUGGUGAUCAGGCUCCACAGCUUGUUAUGCAAUUGUUUCAGUUUUUAACUACAUGACUGUUCCAUUAUGGCCUUAAUUAGUCCAACUGUAUGGUCUCAAUACAUUCGUAUUGAUCUCAUUUGACUUGUACAAGGUUGUGGGUUUAUGUUAAUAGUUUUGUUCAUUUUACAUAUAUGGACAAGUAUAUAAAUAUUAUGUGAGGUUUUGAAAUGAAGAUUUAUACUAAUUGAGAGCUAUAAAGUUUACAUUUAAAAUAUUUCAUAUUCAAAAUUUCAAUUCCAGAAUUAUUCGCAUGCUUCAUAAAAUGAGCAAAAUAAUUGAAUUAUUUUGUGUAAUGGUUAUUUUA